AUGGGCAACCCAAUGACCGACGAAGAAUUAUUACGUAUGUUGGAAAAUUCAGAUGAUGAUUUCGGCUUAAGUUCUGGUGAUGAUGAAGCCGAUCCAGAAUGGUCACUUCCAAUAGUACAACCCGAAGAGGAUAAUGAGAUUAUAUCAGCUGUACCUAUUACUUCUACAUCGGGUUAUACAUGGAGUAAUAGACAACCUAUCGUGACACGUAUCCCUUUUUCAAAAUCCAAAGGAUUGAAGGUUUUUCCACAAGGAAAUAAGCCGAUUGAUUAUUUUAAUCUAUUAUUCGACGACAGACUUUUCGAGUUGAUAGUUAAUGAAACCAAUAAAAAUGCAGUUAGAGUUUUUUUAUCUGAAUCUGGAGGUUCAUCAUCUCGAAUUACAGCGUGGAAAGAUACAAAUAUACAAGAAAUGAAACUGUUUCAUACAGGAUCUAUACGACUCAAUCGGUUGGAAGAUUAUUGGAAGACAAGUGAGUUGUUCAAUAUUAUUUUUUUUCGACAAUAUAUGAGCAGAAAUCGUUUUAUGUUAAUUUUAAGAAAUUUACAUUUUGUUGACAAUGAAAAUCGUGACAAUAAUCGCCUGAAUAAAAUUGAACCAAUUGUAACAUAUUUCAAUAAUAAAAUGACAGAUAUUUAUGAAGCUUCUGAAAAUUUGUCACUCGACGAGUCAAUGGUUUUAUUUCGGGGUAGAUUAGUUUUCCGGCAAUAUAUUAAAAAUAAACGCCAUAAGUAUGGUAUCAAACUUUACAUGCUCACAGAAUCUGGUGGGUUGGUUCAUAGAAUUAUGGUAUACUCAGGACAAGGGCAAGACACGUCGAAUGACUACUCAUACAGAAUAUGUUGUUGUAAAAUUAAUGGAAGGCCUUUUUGAUUGUGGCAGAUCAUUGUACAUGGACAACUAUGACAAUAGCGUGAAACUAGCUCAUACACUUCUAGGUAAAGGAACAUAUUGUACAGGAACUUUGCGUGCGAAUAGAAAAGGGAACCCUAAANGAGAAAGUAUUGGAAAGUAUACAAAGGAAGGCGUAUGUGUAAUGAAAUGGCGAGACAGACGAGAAGUUUUAGCAAUAAGCUCUGAGUACACAAAUGAUUUAGUUGAAGUAACCAACAGAAGAGGUGAACAAAAAUUGAAACCGAUGGCAAUUUCUAUGUACAAUAAAUAUAUGUCAGGAAUUGAUAGACAAGACCAGAUGUUAUCAUACUAUCCAUGCGAGAGAAAAACAAUAAGGUGGUACAAAAAGAUUGGAAUUCAUUUUUUUCAAUUAUUGUUGCUAAAUUCUUACUACAUAUACGUAGAAAACGUAAAAAAAAUGUAGUCUGUAUGUUUUUAGACUUUCUGUAAUUACAGCAUUAGUAAAAAGUCAAAUAAACACAAAUGUUCCUCUUGCACUUCCUCCAAAAAUAACAAACUCGCACUUUCCUACAAAAGUUGCAAAAAACGAAAAAAAAAAUUUUUAUAGAAAAAGAUGCAAGCUGUGCCAUUCAAAAGGCAUACGAAAAACAACAAUAUUUUACUGUUCCAGUUGUGAAGGUCAACCUGGUUUAUGCAUUGAAAACUGUUUUGAAAUUUAUCACGCAUAA